AUCACAGACUCGGACGACUGUUGCAGCUUUUCAUAUUAAAACUGAAAAUAUAAAAUGAUCCAAGGAAAAGUUAUGAGUGUCCAGCGCUGAGCAAAUCUUACCCUCAAGGACUUGCUGCAACUUCAAGGGUGUGAUCACAAGAGCAGACAGAGUGGGAGGGAAGGAUCCCAUUGUUUUUAUCCAGAGUCCCUUUCUUCUGUUGGUACUUGUCAAGACAAAACAGCCUGCAGCAGCAUGUUGCAGACAGUCAAUGAGUGGCUUUGGUGGGAGCGUCUGUGGCUGCCAGGAAACGUCUCAUGGUCUGAUCUGGAGGACAGUGAAGGUCGGUUCUACGCUAAAGCCUCUCAACUUUACGCUGCUCUGCCCUGUGCCCUCUGCAUGCUCCUCGUCAGAUAUCUGUUUGAGAGGUACUUUGCCACACCGCUGGCUAAUGUCUGGGAAAUCAGGGACACUAUACGCCUCAGAGCAGAAACAAACCCCUUACUAGAAAACUACUUCUGCAGCCAAACACGGGCUCCAUCACAGGCUGAUGUGAGGUCUCUGUGUAAGAAGACCAGUUGGUCAGAUAGAAGAGUUCAAGUCUGGUUCAAGAGGAGGAGGAACCAGGAACGUCCAGGGCUUCGCAAGAGGUUCUGCGAGGCCAGUUGGAGAUGUGUGUUUUAUUUUUUUGCAUUUGUCUGCGGAGUCCUAGCUCUCUAUGAUAAACCUUGGCUUUAUAAUCUAAAGGAGGUUUGGGCAGGCUUUCCUAAACAGUCCAUGCUGCCAUCUCAGUACUAUUAUUACCUCUUGGAAAUGGGCUUCUACCUUUCUCUGCUCCUCAGCCUCGCAUUUGAUGUGAAACGGAAGGACUUCAAAGAGCAGAUUGUUCAUCAUAUAGCCACACUAACUCUACUGAGUUUCUCCUGGAUUUCAAACUACAUCCGUAUUGGAACCCUUGUGAUGGCAGUUCAUGACUCUGCUGACAUACUGCUAGAGGGUGCAAAGGUAUUCAACUAUGCUAAGUGGCACCAGACUGCUAAUGCAACAUUUGUGGUGUUUACAGUUUUCUUCACGCUGACAAGGCUCGUCAUUUUUCCUUUCUGGAUAAUCCACUGUACAUGGGUAUACCCAGUGGAGGUGUUUGCUCCCUUCUUUGGCUACUACUUCUUCAAUGUGAUGUUAUUGGUUCUUCAGAUACUUCACCUCUACUGGGCCGUUCUCAUAUCACGAAUGGUUUACAAGUUAAUCUUCACCAAGUUGGAAGGUGACGACCGGAGCGAUGAAGAGGAGGAUGACAGUGACUCACCGAAGGACAGAGACCACAAAUUGAGUCACAGAAAUGGCUCUGGAGCAAGAGGCAGAGCCAAUGGCCACUAACACAUGCAGAGAGACAGAAACAGAGAAAAAGGAAAAUGGACAUCUGACACAUGGACACACUGGAUUUCAGCUCAUAGCAUCUAAUUAUCUAUGUUAAAAGAGCAAAUACACUUGAUCAGAGAAUAUUAUUUCUGAAGGACCUGUGAUGGAUUAUAGGCUGCAUAAACUGAUUUGAAGUGGUGUGGUUUCUGCACUGAAUUUAAAACCUUCAACAACAUAUCUUAUUCUACUUCUAAUUAAAAUAGAGGAACACUCCUUAAAUGUUGUUAUUACAUGUAGUUUAGAAUAAUUAUGAUGAUGAUGAUAUGUGUGGGCAUAGGCCUAUUCAUAUCUAUAUGUGUGGUAUGCUUCUACAGUAUGUGUGUUUGGUGGGGCACAUCAGUGCAAAGCUAAAUCAGAAUCAGAGAAAAUACAGACAUUAAGAAAUACAGACCAAAAGAAUAUCAUUGCACAAUAACGCAGGUGACAGUUGAAAAUAAAUUAUAAUGAAGGUGUGAGCACGACUGCGGUUUACUGUAUUUGUGUGUGGGGUUUUUUAAACUAUAUUUUUCAGUACUUCUUCAUGAGAUCGUCCAGGCUUUGGCAGUACCAGCACGCCCUCUCGCGACAAUCAGCGAGAACUGACAGAAGACGACUCCGUCACCAUCAGUUACCAUAGAAACCAA